CGCGAAGGAGACCAACAUAGAGGAGGGAGGCUGGAGCUGUGUCACGGAGGGGGAAUGUCGCACUAGCCGGUAUUUUUUUAGACUUUCCAUCUGUUAUGGCAGCUUUUUGUGGAGCCACGCCGCAAACGACAAGACAGAGGCAGUAAGGGGAGAUGAGCUCUGUGUUUGCUGGGCAUGAAGAGGAAAAGUGGACCAAAGAGCUGUCAACAGCCAGUGACCCCUGCCUCCCAGACAUGAAAUACCUAUAAGCAGAGAGACCGAUCCAGCGAUUCCUCCUCUGAACUUCAGCUCCCGAGCUGCGAUCUGACUCAGAAAGCAUGGGACACUCCUCUGGUCAUCGUAACCCUCCUUUCUUCCUUUUCGUCCUCCUCCUGUGCCACCACUGCAUAUCCAUCAGUCCUCAGGUCCUGGAUCAAAGAUCUUCUCCUGACCAAACUCUGCCAUCUACAAACAACACAGUGUCUGAAAAAAAGAAAUGUGCAGGUGUUGUAGUGUGUAAGCCUGGUAUUCUGCUUCCAGUGUGGCUGCCUCUCAACCCUCCAGUUGGGGAACAAGCAGGAAGAGCAAUUGUUUACUUCCUCUCUCUCAUGUACAUAUUCCUUGGAGUGUCCAUCAUUGCUGACCGCUUCAUGGCAUCUAUAGAAGUCAUUACAUCUCAGGAGAAGGAGGUGACUAUCACCCAACCUAAUGGAGAAACAACUGUAAAAACCGUACGGAUCUGGAAUGAAACUGUGUCCAACCUGACACUUAUGGCAUUGGGUUCUUCUGCACCAGAGAUCCUGCUCUCUGUCAUCGAGGUGUGUGGACACAACUUCAAUGCUGGGGAGCUUGGCCCAGGCACCAUAGUGGGCAGUGCGGCCUUUAAUAUGCUUGUGAUAAUUGGUCUGUGUGUGUCAGUAAUUCCUGAUGGUCAGUCUCGCAAGAUCAAACACCUGCGAGUGUUUUUUAUCACAGCUUUCUGGAGUAUCUUUGCCUACAUUUGGCUGUACCUCAUCUUGGCUGUCAUCUCCCCAGGGAUUGUUGAGGUGGUCCGUAUAUUAAAAGAGCUGAAGGAAAAGCAUCCAGAUAAAGACCUGGACCAGUUGAUCGAGAUGGCUAACUACUCUGCCCUUGUUCACCAGAAGAAGAGUCGUGCCUUUUACCGCGUCCAAGCAACACGAAUGAUGAUCGGUGCUGGAAACAUCUUAAAGAAGCAUGCAGCAGAUCAAAAAAUACGCUCUCAAGAACAAGACCAAGACAGAGCAAACUGCUCAAAUAUCUGUUUUGAGAAUGUGCUAUACCAAUGCACAGAAAACUGUGGCUCAGUUAGCCUGUGGGUGGUCCUUGAUGGAGGCACAGGCCAGAACACAUUCUAUGUGGAUUACUGUACAGAAAACGGGUCUGCCAAUGCUGGAUCAGAUUAUGAAUUUAACAAGGGGACCCUUGUAUUUAAACCAGGUGAAACUCGAAAAGAGAUCAAGGUGGGGAUUUUGGAUGACGACAUCUUUGAAGAGGAUGAACAUUUCUUUGUCCGUCUUCAGAAUCUGAGGUUGGAAGAGGGAAGUAAUGAAGGGACAGGGACUCCUCCAAAGGGCAAACUGGUGGAGCCUAUGCUAGCCACAGUCACUAUACUGGAUGAUGAUCAUGCUGGGAUCUUUACCUUUGGGCAGCAGAUGCUGCGAGUGAGUGAGAACACUGGGAUGGUGACAGUGACUGUGUUGAGGAACUCCGGCUGCAGGGGCACAGUUGCAGUUCCAUACCACACUGAGGAUGGUACCGCCAAGGCUGGCAUAGACUAUGAGGAGGCCAGAGGGGAGGUAGAAUUCACCAAUGAACAGACCAGUCAGACAUUACAGAUCCGCAUUAUAAAUGUGGAGGAGUAUGAAAAGCAGGAAAACUUCUUCAUUGUGCUCGAGGACCCGAAAUGGCUGAAGAGAGGGAUUUCUGCUCUACUAUUAAACCAAGGUAAUCCAACUCCUGAGGAGGAGGAAGCCAGGAGGAUUUCUGAGAUGGGCAAACCUAUUCUUGGAGAACACAGCAGACUAGAAGUCAUUAUAAAAGAGGCCUGUGAUUUUAAGACUCCCAAUGGAGUCAUAGACCAGGUCACUGUGGACCAACUUCUCAAAGACACAAAUCUAGCUGGAGUCAUUGGCACUCACUCGUGGAAAGAGCAGUUCAUAGAAGCUGUCACAGUGAAUGCAGGUGAUGAUGAGGAUGGACAAGAGCAAAGAAUGCCCAACUGCUUUGACUAUUUUAUGCACAUAUUUUGCGUUUUCUGGAAGCUUUUAUUUGCUUUUGUCCCGCCCACUAAGUACUGGAAUGGCUGGGCCUGCUUCAUUGUGUCCAUCUCUGUCAUUGGUAUUUUAACUGCUAUUAUUGGAGACCUUGCUUCCCAUUUUGGCUGCACUGUUGGCCUUAGAGACAGUGUCACUGCAGUUGUCUUUGUGGCACUUGGGACUUCACUACCUGACACCUUUGCAAGUAAAGUGGCUGCCACUCAAGACCAGUAUGCAGAUGCAUGUGUGGGAAAUGUGACAGGAAGCAACGCAGUGAAUGUGUUUUUGGGUAUAGGGUUGGCCUGGUCCGUGGCUGCAGUGUACUGGGAAGUGAAAGGGAAGGUCUUCCAAGUUGACCCUGGUUCCUUGGCCUUCUCUGUCACACUCUUUACUAUUUUUGCAUUUUUUUGUAUGGGAGUACUGAUGCUACGCAGAAGACCGUCUAUCGGAGGUGAACUUGGGGGCCCACGGAUUUCUAAAAUCCUCACGUCACUUCUCUUUUUUGGGCUUUGGUUCCUGUAUGUCCUCUUCUCCAGCCUGGAGGCUUAUUGCCAUAUACAAGGAUUCUAAGAGUCAUGAAGGAAAAGUUACAGACACAAGAACAGGACAUGCAUCAUGCUCACCAUUUGACAACUGUUGCCAUGGUUCAUUAAAAUGCAUACACAAUGUGUGUGUUCCAUUCACUGAAAGACUAUUCAAAUCAGUAGGACUAUUUUUAACAAUACAAAUAAUUAUAGCUAAGAAAAUAAUAAACAAAGGGUAAAGAUGGACAAUUAUGAUGGAUCAAUAGAUGAACAAAUACAUCAGAUCAAUAAAAUAAAUGUGUUUGUUUUCAGAAUGAUUAUGGCUGAUGGUUUAUAUCUUUACUAUUUUUUUUUUUUAGAUUGUAGUUGUAUGGGAUCUAGAACAUUCUGGGUUUGGUUAAAUCGAAUUCUUUACUAAAGGUUUAUACACACAACCAGGGAGCUGAAUGUUCAGAUAAGAAAGGUAGACUUGCCACAUUAGAUAGAAGCAAGAUGCGGCCUUCCUGUAAAAGAAAGUUGGCUCAGAGAUGGGUAAGUUUUAGUGCAGAUGUUUAUAUGUGACCUUUGAUCAUUGGUUCUUGGAAAGUGCAUCAGGUUUUUUGGCAGGAACAUUCUAUUCCUGAAGCUCACAUCAAUCCUCACAAAACACAUAAAGAUUGUACAUGCACACACCACAAAUGCACAGACUUCCAAGUGGACAUGAGGGCACAAGCCAUGGAUGAGGUGCCAUCCAGACAACACAAAACGCACACCCCAAAUAGUUUUACACACUGUGCAUGUGCUUGUGCUCUCCAUGCUAGUGCAUGCACACAGAUAUAUUUCCAUGUUAAAAUACAAUAUAAAAGACCCCAGAAAGGGUGUGAGAUUUCUGAAGACUCUUUACCAGUGUGUGAAGAUUUUGUUGAACGACAUUGUAUUGAAAAUAAAUCAG